AUGAGUUCCCCUGGCAGGGCCAGCAGCGCCUUCCCCCUGCACGUCCUGGUCUGGAAUAACGACUACAGGCGGCUGGACGAGGAGCUGCAGGACAAGGAUGUUGACCAACGUGAUCCACGAGGCCGGACUUUGUUGCACCUCGCUGUUUCCUUGGGCUAUAUAGAAUCUGCCAAAGUCCUCCUCCAACACAAGGCAGAUGUGACUAGAGAGAACGCGCAGGGAUGGACAGUUUUACACGAAGCUGUCAGUACAGGAGAUCCAGAGAUGGUGCAAAUGAUUCUGCAGCAUCGGGACUACCAGCAGACCUCCAUGACUCUGGGAGGAGUUCCCGAAUUACUCCAGAAGAUUAAUGAGACUCCUGACUUCUAUGUGGAGAUGAAAUGGGAGUUCACUAGCUGGGUCCCACUGGUUUCUAGAGUUUGUCCGAGUGAUGUCUGCCGCAUCUGGAAAAGUGGUGCCAAGCUGCGUGUGGAUAUCACUUUACUGGGCUUUGAAAACAUGAGCUGGGAGAGAGGAAGGCGUAGUUUAAUUUUCAAGGGAGAAGAUACUGGAGGGUGGGCAGAACUCAUUGAGAUCAACCACGAUGACAAGUUUGUUACGACGGAGCGUUUUGAGAUUUCCCAACACAUGAAGCGUCUGACGUUGGGAUCUAUGACACCAAAGAGAAAAGACGUGGAAAGACGCCUUACAUCUCCUAUUAUUAAUACGUGCCUUGAUACCAAAAAUAUUGCUUUUGAAAGAACCACCUCUGGAUUCUGGGUAUGGAGGACGGAAAAGGCAGAAGGUGUAAAUGGUUAUGAAGCAAAGGUAUACAUUGCAAACAAUGUGAAUGUUGUCACAAAAAUCCGAACAGAACAUCUAACAGAAGAGGAGAAGAGAAGAUAUAAAGCUGAUAGGAACCCCCUGGAAUCGUUUCUGGGUACGGUGGAGCAUGAGUAUGGUGCUCAGAGUACGACCAAGACAACAGAGUAUGCUGCAAGCAACAAUCCUACUGCUAUUACUCUGGAGGAAUAUUUUGACCCAGAAUUUGAUUUGAAAGGUAGAGACAUAGGAAGACCGAAGGAAGUCACCAUUCGAACGCAGAAGUUUAAAGCCACUUUGUGGAUGAGUGAAGAGUUUCCCUUGUCCCUUAUGGAACAAGUCACUCCGAUCAUUGAUCUCAUGGCCAGGACUAGUGCACACUUUGCCAGACUUAGGGAUUUCAUCACUCUGGAAUUUCCACCAGGAUUUCCUGUCAAAAUUGAAAUCCCCUUAUUUCAUGUGCUGAAUGCCCGAAUUACAUUUGAAAAUGUCAAUGGCUGCAGGACGGCUGACAAAGCAUCAUCACCAAUGGUUGGAGGUGCACAGUGUGAGUCAGGUGCUAAUUUUGAGGUUGACCAGUCAGUGUUUGAGAUCCCCAAAUCUUACCAUGUCCAAGAUGACGGCAGGAACAUACUGGUGCAGGAUGAAGAUAACGAGAUCAUGCAGUUUGCUAUUCAGCAGAGUUUGUUGGAAUCCGGUGGAAAUAAAGAAGUGGGGGUGCAUUCCAAUGGAGCAGUUGCAUAUUCACAGGACUUCAAUAUACAGUAUCAGAGGGCACUGCAGGAGAGCUAUCUCGCAAGCUCAGGUAACUCACACUGCAGCACCCCUAGUGAACCUUCCAGUUUUGAAAAAGACUUACAGCUUGCCAUGGAGUUGUCUGUCCGCGAGCAGGAGGAACGGGAGAAGCAACGUCGUGAAGAGGAAGAUGCGGAGCUUCAGCAAGUUUUACAGCUUUCUCUUGUGGAAAAAUAACUCCUUAGUCAUCUCCUGAAAUAAGGAUGACCAAAUCUGCAUAAAACUGAAGGUUUUCAGAGCUGUCGGGCUGAAGACCACUCCUGGAUUGCUUAAGUAAACAUUUCACCUGCCUUCUAAGUUGGUAUCAGCUACAAAAUGCUGA